CCCUCCCCCGGGCAGGGGUGGGCGGGGCGUAGCGCGCGCGGCCGCGCGGUGUCACAGCGGCUGCCGCCUCGCUCGCGCCCGCCGCCGCCGCCGCCGCCGCCGCCAUGGACAGCGACGAGGAGACGCUGGAGGAGGUCGUGGAAGGGCAUCUAGAUGAUGAUGGGCUGCCACAUGGAUUUUGUACAGUAACCUACUCAUCAACAGACAGAUUUGAAGGAAACUUUGUGCAUGGAGAAAAGAAUGGCCGUGGCAAAUUCUUCUUUUUUGAUGGAAGCACCCUGGAAGGGUACUACGUUGAUGACGCCCUGCAAGGCCAGGGAAUCUACACUUAUGAGGAUGGAGUGGUCCUUCAUGGCACAUAUGUGGAUGGAGAGCUGAAUGGACCAGCCCAGGAGUAUGAUAGCGACGGGCGGCUGAUAUUCAAAGGGCAGUAUAAGGACAACAUCCGACAUGGAGUCUGUUGGAUUUAUUACCCGGAUGGAGGCAGCCUUGUGGGAGAAGUGAAUGAAGAAGGGGAGAUGACUGGAGAAAAAAUAGCCUAUGUGUAUCCAGAUGGAAAGACUGCAUAUUCUGGAAGGUUCAUAGAUGGAGAAAUGAUAGAAGCAAAACUGGCAACUCUGACAACUGUCGAGGAUGGGAAACCUCAAUUUGAAGUUGUACCAGGCAGCCCAGUAUACAGUUUUGACAAAUCUACUUCAUCCUGCAUUUCUACAAAUGCCCUUCUUCCUGAUCCGUACGAAUCAGAAAGGGUGUAUGUGGAUGUCUCUCUCAUUUCCAGUGCUGGAGAAGGAUUGUUUUCAAAAGUAGCAGCAGAAGCCAGUACAGUGAUGUCCUUUUACAACGGAGUGCGAAUUACACACCAGGAGGUAGACAGCAGAGACUGGGCCCUCAAUGGAAAUACAAUAUCCCUGGAUGAUGAAACAGUCAUAGACGUGCCAGAGCCCUACAACCACGCUGCCAAGUACUGUGCCUCACUGGGGCAUAAGGCCAACCAUUCUUUCACUCCUAACUGCAUCUACGACCCGUUUGUUCAUCCUCGUUUUGGGCCCAUCAAGUGUAUCCGUACCAUCAGGGCUGUGGAGAAGGAUGAAGAACUGACAGUGGCUUACGGAUACGAUCACAACCCCGUUGGGCAGAACGGGCCAGAAGCACCAGAGUGGUACCAGCUGGAACUGAAAGCUUUCCAGGCUGCCCAGCAAAAGUGAAACGGGAGCGCCUUCUCCGUUCAGCAAACUGAAACAGAAACUUGGAUCUAUGCACUACCUUUAUACUGAAAACUGGACAACCAGGGAUUGUUCAUACUGUUGCAUCAUAAAUUUGCAUUCUGUGUUAAGAGAUAAGUUUCUUGCAUACUAACUAGGUUUGACUGUGUUACUCAUAGAAGAUUUAAAAUUAGCUAGCGUUGCACCAGUCUUAUCUGGAGAAAUUAUUUAAUAUUCUAUACGAGAUGUGGUAUUCUUUGGUAGCUUCUGCUUUUGCACCAUAUGCAAAGAUGCCAAAAGACUAGACAGAAACUAAAAUGGGUAUAUUGUUCACUUUUAGUCGGCAGACUUAGUGUUGCUCUCUAUCUGCCUAGGCAUUAUUGUGCAACUGCAUUUUGCAUAUAUGCCACUUGUGAUGAUAACAGUAAUAUUUUGAUAUUCUCUAAUAGUAGCAUAAUUUUGCCUUUUUAAACCUUUGAUCUGAAUCUUGCAAUAGAGCAGUUUAUUUAUUAGCAUAUAGGAGGCUGGGUUUUAACUCCCCUUUCCUCUUGUCUGAACGUUGUUCUUUCUACAAAUCCUCUUUUGCAGGAGAAAAUCCUUUCUAACUAGUGGAAAGGCUUGUGUGUGUAUGUGAGAGUGCUGUGUGUUGGUCUUUGUGGCUCUCUAAAUAGUAUAGCAACAUGUCCAAACAUAAUAUUUAUCUAGCCUUUACGGCUGGCUUAUUUUAUUUAAUUUAUUAUUAUGACAUGCAAAUGAAACUGUUCUUUGCAUGAAGAUUUUCUGAAAGGAGAGAACAGAUUCGCUCGUCGAAGGACUUUCAGAAGUUCAUGUUCUGGAAGGCAAGGCAUUGCUUGCAUUUGUGUCUGUGAGUUGGGUUGUGUAUUUCACCUGUUAAAGCAGCCAUUUCUCAAGGCAAAAGUUCUGGCAAUGAGGUGCUUGCAUCUCCCAUAAAUUCUGAGAAAGGAGGUGUAUGUAUUUGGGGGCAGGCUGUAGUACUUGGUAAAGGAGAGCUGUAUCUUUAGUGUGUGUUCAGUUGACAAAGAAUAUAGCCUUGUAGCCAUCUUUUAGUAGUACUGGCUUAAGACACAGUGAAAAAUUAAUAUAGUAUGAGGUAUCAAAAUAAGAUUUUUUUUUUUUUAAAAAGAAAAGAUAUGAAAAGAUUGUUUUUGAAAGACAAUGAAUGUAAAAACAUCACUCACUGCUCAUAUUUAGAAACAGCAGUCAAUCCAUAGCUUUGUUGUAGCCAACAGUGGGGGGUUGUGAAUAUUCAUCUGUAGGGCUGUGUUCUGGGGUUUUUCAGGGGUAGGGAAAUUGUUGUGCAUUUUUCAGAUACUGUGCUGGUCUUGCCUAAUGCUGUAUAAGAGAGAAAUAAUGUAUCAUCUCGAUCUGGAUACUGGAGCCUUUCUGGGACUCUUGAUGCUCUCUUUUGGGCUUAGCAGCUUAGGGAAAAACUCAAAUGCAUUUGCAACACUUUCUUUAAAUGUUUGUAGUUUAAAGAAGUUUGUAUAUAUGUAAGAUAAAUUAUUUGGGAAUCAGACCUACCUUUCUAUUGCAACACAUUUUGGUUGCUUGCUUGAACGGUCAGAGGUGUCUGGCUGUCUGGGGAGCUGGGCAGGGAGGAUGUGUUGGGGACCUGCAAGUGGAAGGAUGAGGUUGCUGGUUUGUGCAGUCUUGAGAAUCCUUGCUUUGGUACCUGAGCAAAGUUAGGAAUUACUCAUAAGAACCUCUCUAACCUGGGGCUCUGUUUAUUCCCUGUGACUGAUCACAAACCUUUCCCAGCACCUCACCAUUUAAGCUUGCACAGAAGCUACUCUGUGCUUGUGCUGGGGCAGGGGACAGGUAGGCUCAGGGCAAUUUGAGGCUUUCAGUGGUGCUCUGAAUGUGAGCUGUGGCACCUCCCAUCUCCUCGUGCUAGAGACUCAGCUCUGCACCCCAUCCAAGGCAGGUGGCUGGCAGGGACUGAGCUGAGUGUGCAGAGACAGAACUGCACCUCACAGGUGAGGGAGAGUUCUCAAAAGUCAGUCAGGAGCACGGUCUCAGCAAAUAAUCCUCAAAAAGAAAUAUGCAUGACUUGAUCUUUCCCUGCCUGCUCACAGGUUGUUACUUAAAUCAUCAGCCAACUGCAGAGGAGCAUUCCACACUGGUAGGGAGCUGUCAUGUGCAUCUAGUGGAUUAUUCUGCCAGGACCAUGAAGUUUGCAAAAUUGAGGCUGAGUUUUAGUGCAGGGAAGGGGGAGAGGGAAGAUAUGUGACUGAACCCUGCUGGGAAUGGAUGGUAACUCCUUCCACAGUCUUGAUAACCUGCUUUGGACUGCUGGCCUCUCUGUGCUCGCUGGAGAAUUGUGCUUAAUAUGUUCUGAUCUCUAGAGCUCCUUUAGCUUCAUUCCUGAUCAGUCUCUGAUUCCUCUGCUAUCUCCUCUUUGUGUGGAGUUGCUUAUGUUUUGAUAGAUUUGUCGGUCUUCAUAUUGCCUGAUUUUUGAGAUAAAUAGAAAAUAGGUGCUCUUUACGUGUCAGGCUUGAAGAUUGUAUCCUAAAAUAGGGAAAUUCAAGGAAAAAAAAAAAAAGUA